CCCAUCCUUGCCAGCUCUUUCUUCUACCACCAACCAAGUCUUGCAUUAUGCGUGCCUACUACUUUGACGACGAGCCGACUGACCAGCGCUUGCCGCACGACUCGGGUGAGGAAGUCUCCCUCGACACACUUAGCCACCUCGGUGUUCUCUACUGGUCCAUCCCUGUCGGCGAGGGUGACUCCAUUCCCGCUGGUGUGGACGCGAUCGCCAAGGAGCGCGGGUACAAAAACAGGGACACGAUCAAUGUUAGCAAGGAGGGACUCGGAGAUGCGUACGAGACGAAGAUCAAGGGGUUCUUCGAGGAGCACAUGCACGAAGACGAGGAGAUCCGAUACAUCCUCUCCGGAUCGGGAUACUUCGAUGUGCGCAAGCACGCGGCUAAGCAGGAUGACGAGCGCUGGAUCCGGGUCCUCUGUGAGCAGGGUGACCUCCUCGUCCUCCCCUCUGGUAUCUACCACCGCUUCACGCUCGACAUGAACAACAAGAUCAAGGCUGCUAGGUUGUUCCAGGACGAACCCAAGUGGAUCCCGCACAACCGCGGUGUGGAGACCGAUGUCAACUCGCACCGCGUCAACUACCUCUCCACCCUCCCGCCCAUUGCUGUCGCCUAAACGUUUGAAGCUGUGACUAUGAGGACGUAGAAGCGUGUCAUGCUGUUGUAUCGAGGAGUUUGUGCUGCAAGAUUUUGUAAAGGUGGUUUGUAUGACCGGAUCUUGUGUGAGAAUGAAUGUAAUGCAUGUUGUCUU